AUGUGGCGAGGGAGCCUCGGGCGGCUGCUUGGCAAGCGGCCCCUGGCGCCGGCUCGCCCCGCGCCCCGUCCGGAAGCUUCCCCCGCGCCCUUCAGGCGGCCUUACGCGGCCCAGGCAGAAAGAAAAAGAUUUUACCAAAAUGUUAGCAUCUCCCAAGGAGAAAGUGGCUUUGAAAUCAACUUGGACAGCCGGAAGCUGAAAACUCCCCAAGCUAAGCUCUUCACGGUGCCCAGCGAACCUCUGGCUUUGGCUGUGGCAACCGAGUGGGACGCCCAGCAGGACACUAUCAAGUUCUAUGCUAUGCACCUGACCAACUUGUGCAACACAGCUUUGGACAACCCAUUGCAGCGAAGCAAAGAUCAGCUCAUCCAGGCAGCUCUGAAGUUUUUGGAGACAGAUACUAUCUGCUACCGGGUGGAGGAGCCACCAGCCUUGGUAGAACUGCAGAAGAAUGAAUGGGACCCAGUAAUUGAGUGGGCUGAGAAAAGAUACGAUGUUGUGAUUGGCUCUUCAACAAGCAUAAUGGCUUCUACCCUUCCACAAAGCACAAAGGACACCUUCAUUAGCCACCUCGCUUCAUAUAACAGUUGGGCCCUUCAAGGCAUAGAAUACAUGAUAACACAGCUGAAGUCUCUGAUUCUUUCAAUGAGCCUAGUUGACAAACAUUUAACGGUUGAACAAGCUGUCCUUCUAUCUCGGCUGGAAGAGGAAUAUCAGAUUCAGCACUGGGGGAACGUGGAGUGGGCCCAUGACUACGACAGGUAUGACUUGCUGGCCCGCACAGCUGCUGCCACCCUUUUUGUCCACCUUUGCUUAGAAAACUCCACCGUCAAACACAAGCUGCUUCAGCACUGAGGAACUGGGAUACCAAAGAAAGGGGCGCGGCAGU